AUGGAGCGUGUUAUGGUCGUGGGGCUCUGGUGCGCGCACCCUGACCGUGCGAUGCGGCCAUCCAUCAGGCAAGCGUUGAACGUGCUGCGGUCCGAAGCGCCAUUACCAAGCCUCCCGGAUAGGAUGCCGGUAGCGACCUAUGGGCCACCGACUAAUCAUUCGAGUUCCGGAACUUUGGCGCUGAGCAGCGUCAGUGGCCGGUGA